AUGCCAAAGUUAAGUAAAAUUCGUCGUAAAGGACGUGCCUAUGCUCGAAAACGUUGGUAUGACCAAUCCCAUUCGUUAGAAAAUGAAUGUUUAUCAGAAGAAGAUAUUAAGGAAUAUUCAGAUGGUAAUGUCGAAUUCAUUCGUUUUGUUGAUAAAUUUGAUGUCGAUCAUAUUGGAGAGUUACUUGAAUUGAUUAAUGAUAAAAUAGGUUUAAGAUUUGUUUCUGUCUUAUUGUACAUGACUAUGCGUUAUUUUGGUGUAACAUACGAUAAAUGUGAUGAAUUCUUUAAAAGAAUCGGUGCAUUAACGAGUAAAACAGCUCAGAAGUGGGCCAACAUAUUUCUAUGUGGUGAUUUUGAUGAGUUUAUCAGCGAAGGUCGUGGGGGUAAACAUAUUCCCAGCUUUUACGAUGUAUUUCCUGAUAUUGAAUUAUUAGCUAAGGAUUACGCUAUUCAACGAUGUGCUGCAAAAGCAGCUGAUUUUGAUGCAUUUGAAUUAGCAAAUUUUAUCGAUGAAAAAUUUUAUGUGUUAACAGCAAUUAAUAAGAAUCCUGAUGACUCAUUGAUUCGUUCAGUACAAUCGUGUCGUCUCGAUCUUCGAAGAUGGGGUGCUCGUUUCGAAGCCAAUUCAAAACGCCCCUACUUCGAAGGUCAUGAGAGAGAAGAUGUAGUCGAACAUCGCAUUAAAUUCUUACAACACUAUCUUUCAAGAAAAGAUUCAUAUUACUUAAUCAGUGAAGACGCUAAGCCUAAAUGGCAGAUACCAACAUCAGGAACACCUACUAUUCUUAUCUUUCACGAUGAGAGUACGUUCAGAAGCGGUGAAGUAUCAGCAAAACGUUGGGUGUAUAAUGAUCAGUCACCAUUUUAUUCCAAAGGUCGUGGUAGAUCUAAUAUGUUAUCGGACUUUUUAGUUAUGCAUCCAUCAGGACCAUUUUUUCAACUUAGUGAAGCUGAAUAUGAAAAAGCUUUGGAAAAAUAUCCCGACUUAGACGAAGAAGAAAACAUUAAUUAUAUAGAGCGUUCUGCUAGUGCAUCUGCAAAUGUUAGUUCUGAUGUUUACUUUGAUAAUUCGACAAUUUUAGCACAAUUUGAGCGUUUAUUUAAAUUGAUUAAAUUUAAAGAGUGCUUUAAAAAUCAUCGAAUUGAAAUUAUAGUAGAUAAUGCACGAACGCAUUCAGCUCGUCCUUAUAGUCUAUUAGAUUUCGGAAAAGGAAUUUUAACACGUUGUCCUGUCGAACAGAUUGAGUGGGUGGAUGAUAAUGGUGUUACACAAUCAUUACCAUGUUAUUUUCAACAUGGCCAUAAUCGAGGAAAAUCUAAAGGUUUAUAUCAAAUAGCUAUUGAACUUAAGUGUAAUCCUUUACCGACAGCAAAACUCAAUGAGCUUCGUCAAUUACUUGCGAAUCAUCCAGCUUUUCAGAAAGUAUGGUUUAGCGUAGCUUAA